AAAUUAUAUUGUAUUACCAAGAGAAUUAUCUUGGUAGGAGCAUUUAUUUCCUCCUAUUGCUGUUAUUCUGUUAUGAUUCUGUUUUCUCUCUCUAAGAUUUCCUGUUAACUUGUCAAAAAUUAUUUGGCUGGUGACCUUGUCUUGCUCUUCACUGAUGUUUUCUACCCUAACACGCAGUAUCAAAUAUUUUGUCAUAUUUGUUAAUUUGAUCAAUACUUGCUUAAGGCCUAUGAUCUGGAUGGUCUGUCUUGUUUAGCAGUUGACAUGUUCAAUUUUGCAGGUUGACUGUCCUUUUCCUCCAUCAGAUAAGAUUGCCAUAAAUUUUGUUCUAACGGGAAAAGAAGAAAUAGUACCAAUGAAAGAGAUGAAGAUGUCAUGGGUGCCUUAUGUUCCUCUUCAGGACCGGUUUGGCAGGAUUGAAAGUUUGAAAACAAAAAUCUUCACUCUCUGUUGCACCCAGCGGAGGUCUGCGCUGAACCGUAUGGAAACUGAGAGAGCCAACAAGUUCUACUACUACACGCCCUACAUGCCACUAAAUCCUCCUGAAGAUGAAGAUGGCACAGUUGUCCGUGUCAUAUAUCCUCUAGAACCCCCGAUAGUUUGUGAUUUUGACUUGGAAUUGGAUGAUUACGAGAAUUUAGCUGAUAAGCUAGUCAAAGAUGAGGGGUUGCCAGAGGAUGAGAGGGGAAAAAUUAAGGAAUUUCUAGAGGAGAAGGUUCCACAAAGGAAAAUAGAACUGGAACAGGUCCAUUUAACUGAAAUAUUUAAUUAUUUUCCAAGAGAUUUGACAUUUUACAAAUAUUCAAUAUUCCCCAAAACUUGUGCAAGCUGAAGAAGCCAGAAAGAAAGCUAUUGAAGAUAUGGACCCUAAGCAAAGAGAGGCAUUUGAAAACAUGAAACUUUACAAAUUCUAUCCUAUGAAAACCCCUGAUACACCUGAUGUUAACGAUGUGAAGUCGAGGUACAUCAACGGAUAUUAUGGCCACGCACAUUAUCUGAUGUUAAUGGUGUUCCUGAUCUUCUACAUGUUUGCUAAACUGUGAUUGAAUAAUCUAUCAAACUUGGAGAGUCUUGUUCUGGAAGCUGGGUAGAUCAGCUUGGUGACAUAAAGAGUGUAGUCUCGUGUUGGUCCAUUAGAUACAAUGUUGCAUCUGACUUUUAGUUGUAAUGGAGCUACUGUCACUUGUCUGGACAACCCUGAGAGCAUCCUGUAGGCAUAAGAGUGUAGUCUCUUUGCUUAUUUUUAGGGGAAUCUGAACUCUCUUUGCUGUGUUUAACAUCC